CGGUGGGAGCAGGCGCCGGGGCCACUAUGGGGCGCGCGGGGCGCCGUGCGGACAGCUGGGGACGGUGCGGGUCGGGAGGGCCUGAGGCGCGGGGGGCCAGACGGAGCAGCAUUUUUCCAAGAAAGAUGGAGAGCGGGGGGCGGGAAGCGGACGCCCGAGGUUGUGGGGGCCUCGUCCCUUCCCCGCCGAGGCCUAAGAGAAAUGGCCAAACCCCCGGCUGGACCUGCCGCCGCGCGGGAAUCCGUGACCCAGGAAUCCUAUUCUAAGAGCUCGGACACUCAGGCAUCUACCAUGGUGUUGGGUCCUGAACAGAAGAUGCCAGAUGAUGAUGUUUCUGGAGACCAUGGGAACUCUCCCAGUCUUGGUGCACUCAACCCUGCCUAUAGUACCUCAUCUCUCCCCCAGUCCGAGGAGCACUCACAAGAGCCCUUUACCACCUACUUUGAUGAGAAGAUCACCAUUCCUGAAGAAGAGUAUUCUUGUUUUAGCUUUCGUAAGCUCUGGGCUUUCACGGGACCUGGCUUUCUUAUGAGCAUUGCCUACUUGGAUCCAGGAAACAUCGAAUCUGAUUUGCAGUCUGGAGCAGUGGCUGGAUUUAAGUUGCUCUGGGUUCUUCUGUUGGCCACCGUCGUGGGGCUGCUGCUCCAGCGCCUUGCAGCCAGACUGGGCGUGGUCACGGGGUUGCAUCUUGCUGAAGUGUGUCAUCGUCAGUAUCCCAAGGUCCCACGAAUUAUCCUAUGGCUGAUGGUGGAGUUGGCUAUCAUUGGCUCAGAUAUGCAAGAAGUUAUUGGCUCAGCCAUUGCCAUCAAUCUCCUGUCUGUAGGAAGGGUUCCUCUAUGGGGUGGAGUUCUCAUCACCAUUGCAGAUACCUUUGUAUUUCUCUUUUUGGACAAAUAUGGCUUACGGAAGCUAGAAGCGUUUUUUGGCUUUCUUAUCACCAUUAUGGCCCUCACAUUUGGAUAUGAGUAUGUUACAGUGAAGCCCAGCCAGAGCCAGGUACUCAAGGGCAUGUUCCUGCCAUCCUGUUCAGGCUGCCACACCCCACAGAUCGAGCAGGCUGUGGGCAUCGUGGGAGCUGUCAUCAUGCCACACAAUAUGUACCUGCAUUCUGCCUUAGUCAAGUCCAGACAGGUAAACCGAGCCAAUAAGCAGGAAGUUCGAGAAGCUAAUAAGUACUUUUUCAUCGAAUCCUGCAUUGCUCUCUUUGUUUCCUUCAUCAUCAACGUCUUUGUCGUCUCAGUCUUUGCUGAAGCAUUUUUUGAAAAAACCAACGACCAGGUGAUUGCAGUCUGUAGAAAUAACAGUAGUCCCCACACUCACCUUUUUCCUGAUGAUAACUCAACACUGGCAGUGGACAUCUACAAAGGGGGUGUUGUACUGGGAUGUUACUUUGGGCCAGCUGCACUCUACAUCUGGGCUGUUGGGAUCCUGGCUGCAGGACAGAGCUCUACCAUGACAGGAACUUACUCUGGCCAGUUUGUCAUGGAGGGAUUCUUGAACUUAAAAUGGUCACGCUUUGCCCGAGUGAUUCUGACCCGCUCUAUUGCCAUCAUCCCCACUCUGCUUGUUGCCAUCUUCCAGGACGUAGAGCAUCUAACAGGGAUGAAUGACUUCCUGAAUGUUCUGCAAAGCUUACAGCUUCCCUUUGCUCUGAUACCCAUCCUCACGUUUACAAGCUUGCGGCCAGUAAUGAAUGACUUUACCAAUGGAAUAGGCUGGAGGAUUGCAGGCGGGAUAUUGGUCCUUAUCGUCUGUUCCAUCAACAUGUACUUUGUCCUGGUUUAUGUCCAGGAACUAGGGCAUGUGGCACUGUAUGUGGUAGCUGCUGUGGUCAGUGUGGCUUAUCUGAGCUUUGUGUUUUACCUGGGUUGGCAAUGUUUGAUUGCAUUGGGCAUGUCCUUCCUGGACUGUGGGCGCACGUACCAUCUGGGAUUGACGGCUCAGCCUGAACUCUACCUUCUGAACACAGUGGAUGCCGACUCACUUGUGUCUAGAUGACUGACAGCCCGUGAGACUGUAUAAGAACUACUUUGUCUUAAUCCUUUUGUGCCAGGUGUCCUGUUAACAUAUCUCUGUUAGUUCAGAGGUGAGUUUUGUUCAGAUGUUUUGAACAAAAGGCAAAGAUUUCCUCAUGGGAAAGGGCAUUAAAAGCUGACAGCUGUUAAAUGUAGGACAGAGACCCACCCGCCUCCCCUGUCCUACAACAGCCAGAGCUCAAUGAUUGGCCUCUCGUGGUCACACACCCCUAUGGGCUUGUGUCUUGACUUCUGGCAUUUAAAAAUAUAUUUGUGUAUAUAUUUAUGUAAACCUGAACAUAUCAGUUUGGGUAGAGUUUUAAGGUUAUAUAAAAUUGAUAGGUCUUAUUUUUUUCGAAGAUAGUAUUCAGAUAAAUCAGAUAUUUGUUUUAUCUGGGUCACAGGUGAGAAAGGAGAGGGAGUAAUGCUCUUUUUUGGAAUGACCUGGUCAAAUUAACUUACCUUUUAAAGUGAUACUUGACUAUGGCCGGUUAAAUUCCAUGUCAGUUUUAAUCGACCAGACCCUUAGCGACUACUUCAUACCAGCACAUCAGGAAAACAUUUCUUCUUUUCAGCAUUCAUAUUUGGUCCUGGUUAUUGAUGUGCUUCUUAAUUAUAAUUCUCUUUGUUACUUUUCUUGAAAUCUUAUCGGAGGAAUGAUGGUAUUUUCUGAAGAGCUUAAUACCUUGUAAUAAGAUUCAGAAACCAUGCUCUAACUGAUGAUCAGUUUUCCAUGUGACAUUGUAACUCAGCCCAUUUUACCAUUCAGGUUUUUAGGUAUAAAAAGAAGAAACUUCUAAUAUUUACUUUUAUAAAGAUGUUGAUGGACAUAUUUGUUUUCUUUCUAAUGUUUAGAGUCCUACCAUGUGUUUUCUUCCCAUUUUUCCCAUUGAAACGCCAAACACCAUUUCUGGGUCCAAAGUCUGUGUGUCCAGGAAUGGCUAAUAUUUCUAAUGUUGAAUUUCCCCGAAUGCUAAGCAUUUUAUUGUGAGAUAUUUAUACCAAGUAAUAUGAGAUUAGAACUAGACUAGGACUUAGACGACUAGUUCUCAUGUCAUAAAUUGCCUGUCUACAUGACUCUUUUUGACCCCUCUUCUUAACUGGGACCUUUUUCCUUAAGAUUUUUAUAAUAAAAAAGUUAAUACUUAAAAAUUGAAAGACUUUGCAUAAUUAUCUGAUUGAAAAGGAGAUUUUCAACACUGGGUCACAUUUCUGCAUGGAACUGCAGUUGGCUGGAAUGAAUGGCAGCUGUCCAUCUUCAUGGACUAUACUGCAGGACAGCACACACACUCCUUCAUUUCCUUCUGGCCACAGAGACGUUGUGUUUGCAAAUACUGCAGCUUUUGUAUAACUUUGAGCAUUAUCUUCCUAUUUCAGCUUCAAAAGGUAAAUAUCUCAUCUGUCUUAUUUUAAAAGUUAGUGCUUUUCAGUAAGUUGUUUUUUGUUAAAUCCAGACAUUCCUUAUCUUCAUUUAUAAAGACCUGGCCCUCUAAGUGGCAAGUUUUCUAAGAUGAUACUUUAAAAUUCUUGGGGCCUCUGUGUGGCUCAGUCGGUUAAGCAUCUGCCUUUGGCUCAGGUCAUGAUCCUGGGGUCCUGGGAUCGAGCCCUGCAUUGGGCUCCCUGCUCUGUGGGAAGCCUGCUUCUCCCUCUCCCACAC